AUGAGUAUGAUGAACAUGAACAUGAACAUGAACAUGAACAUGAACAUGAACAUGAUGAACGGGCAACGAAUGGGAGGAAUGAACAAGAUGAUGAUGAUGAUGAUGAUGAUGAAAAUGGGUGGCAAGAAGAUGAUGCGAAAGGGAAAGAAAAUGAUGGUGAAAAACAUGGGGGGCAUGAACAAGAUGAUGAUGCGUCCUAACAUGAAAAUGGGGAUGAACAUGCAAUUGACGGGCGCUACAGAAACGGACGGCAAAAUGAUGAAGUUGACUUGGGCGCAACUUCGAGAAAGAAAAAAGAACAUGGCACGAAGAGACGAAAAACGAAGACAACGCAGGCAUCGAAGGAUGAAAAGACGAAGGAAGUGGAAGCAACAGUAUCUGGACCAAUCACAACAGAGGCAAGUUGACACUCACGUCUACUAUAUCUACUAUGGAAGCGACGAAGAGUCGUAUUUUGCGAGCAACAGUACGGACGAUUUCACGAAUGACAGUGCGGAUGAUUUCACAAGUGACAGUGCGGACGAUGUUUUGAACUAA